AUAUGAAAGGUUGGCAUCGCUGCUCACACGUGCUUUGAUGUCUUGUUUACAAAAAAAAUAACUUUUUGGAUUAUUUUCCCGAAAUUUUUAAAUUGGAUUCGGUUAAAUUAGCUGAAAAUAAUGAAACCAACCGGGAAUUCCUCAAAUAAGAACAUUCCGAAGAAGUUAACGGAACGGCAAAAGAUCGAACGGAAAGAAUUCAAACGGAAGAAAAAGCAGGAUCGUUUGCUAAAACGGGUUCAGCGGGAGUUCGAACAGGUGGAGCGCGACAAGGCCGCUGCGGUGGAGGUCAAAGCCGAAGUGGUAGCGGAGAAGGACUUUGUUUCAACGUUAAGCAUUGCCGUCCCCGGAUCGAUAUUGGACAAUGCCCAAUCGGCGGAGCUAAGAACCUAUCUGGCCGGUCAGAUUGCACGGGCGGCAUGCAUCUUCCAAGUUGAUGAGGUAGUGGUCUUUGAUGACUGUGGAACUGGUGAUCAGGCGACGGAAAAAUUGGGCACAGUUGACACAUCCGAAGGAAGUACAUCUGCCCGCCGCUGUUGCGUUCAGUUAGCUCGCAUUCUCCAGUACCUAGAAUGUCCCCAAUAUCUGAGGAAGUUCUUUUUCCCCAUUCACAACGACUUGAAAUUUUGCGGACUACUCAAUCCGCUUGAUUCGCAACACCAUCUCCGUCAAGCGAGUGAAUUCCAGUUCCGCGAGGGAAUUGUUACCAACAAACCCACCAAAAACGAUAAAUCCUCGUUCGUCAAUGUGGGUUUAUUAAACGAUGUGCUGGUGGACACUCAUCUGGAUCCGGGGGUACGCGUCACAGUUAAAAUGCCCUCGGGUGUGGAUUUGAAAUCGAAAAAGAUUCGAGCAAAAGUGGUACCACCGUCGCAGCCGCGACAGGAAACCGGAAUUUAUUGGGGUUACACCGUUCGAAUAGCUAACUCCCUGUCACAGGUUUUCACGAAGAGUCCCUACAAGGGAGGAUAUGACCUUACUAUUGGCACAUCCGACACAGGCACCAACGUUCAAGAGCUUGAGCCGAAUAGCUUGAAAUACAAGCAUUCUCUUGUAGUGUUUGGGGGUGUUCUUGGAUUAGAACCAGCAUUAGAUAACGACAACAAGCUCAACAUCGACGACGUGGAACAGUUAUUCGAUCAAUAUUUGAACACGGUUCCGCGCCAGGGGUCCAGAACAGUGCGAACAGAAGAAGCCAUUCUGAUAUCGCUGGCAGCUCUUGGAGAGAAGCUGGAGCCUGUUAUCAAACCGAAACAGUUCACAAGUUUUGAUGCGAUUCCACAGAGUCAAGACACUGGAAUUCAGCAGUACGCCUUCAAUGAGAACACUCGUAAAAAACCAGCACCUAUCACGGAAUCGGUUCAAAAGCAAUCAACAGAUCAUUCUAAUGUGGCUCCAUCAGCAGAAGACGAUAUGUCAAGGUUUGAUUAGGAUCAAUAAAUCGUUAGUACGUAAGUAUAUACAUUUUUAAAUCUA